AUGAUUCCUCAAGACUGGACUGAUUUGGUCUGCUGUCACAACACUUUAAGGGGAAGAGCCCAAGCGUCCACAGAGGUCUUAGAGGGCAGCAUGACCACGAAGGAGAAGAAGGGUCAUACAUACACUUUGGUAUUAAUGGUGACCUCUACAGCUAUUGGGGGAACUCUACAAUAUGGAUACAACCUGGCCAUAAUGAAUGCACCGACUGUUUUCAUUCAAAACUUUGUCAAUGAGACAUUUCUGGAGCGAUGGGGAAUACAGUUUGGGGUUUACGAGGUCACACUGAUAUGGACCUUUAUUGUUUCCAUUUUCUCACUGGGCGGCUUUAUUGGGGCCCUGAUAGCAGGGCCAAUGUCAGUACGUUUCGGGAGGUAUGGUUAAUCUUGUUGUUAUACAAAGAAGACCAUGUUGCUGAACAAUGUCUUUCUCUUAUCAAGUUCAUUGCUUGCAUUGUUGAGCCGAACAGCAAAGUCAUUUGAGAUGAUUAUCAUCUCCAGAUUUUUGGUUGGCAUAAAUGCAGGCAUCAGUAUGAAUGUACAGCCCAUGUAUUUUGGUGAGAGUGCACCGAAGCACUUACGAGGGGCUGUGUCCCUGUCCUCAGCUGUCUUCACUUCUUUUGGUCUGGUGUUGGGACAGGUGGUCAGUCUGAAAGAGUUGUUAGGUAGUGAGCCUUGUUGGCAGUACUUAUUGGCUAGUAAUGCUAUCCCAGGCUUCAUCCAACUCCUCACCUUGCCAUGGUUUCCAGAAAGUCCCCGCUACCUCCUCAUUGACUGUGGAGACAAAGAGGCCUGCCUAAUAGCACUGCAGCGUCUGCGAGGCUGUGAAGUGCAGAAAGAAGAGCUGGAUGAGAUUCUGCAGGAACAGAAUGAAACAAAGGGAGAACGUGCCAAACAGCCGUGGGAGCUCUUCACUGACCGCAGCGUCCGCUGGCAGCUCAUCACGGUGGCGGUCCUGAGCAGUGCCAUGCAACUGUGUGGUAAUGAUUCGAUUUACUUCUAUGCAUCAUAUGUGUUCCAAGAAGCGGGUAUAUCUGCAAGCCAGAUCCAAUAUGUGACCAUUGGCACUGGGAUGUGUGAAUUCACUGCUUGCAUUCUAUGUAACCUGUUGAUAGAAAGGUUGGGUAGGAGGCUGAUGUUGAUGGGCGGCUAUGUUCUCAUGACAGGAUGGGCUAUAGUCUUCACUGUGGCUCUUUCACUUGAGAAUAUGGUUACCUGGAUGCCUUACCUGAGCAUGGCCUGCAUCUUCACCUACAUUCUCAGCUUUGGCAUGGGACCAGCUGGGGUGACUGGAAUCCUCCCAACUGAGAUUUUUAACCAAACAUCACGUCCUGCUGCCUACAUGACCGCUGGCUCUCUAAUGUGGCUUAACCUUUUCAUUAUCGGGAUGAUCUUCCCUUUCCUAGUGAGCGGUUUAGGACAGUAUUGCUUUGUGCCAUUUGGGGCUGUGUGUCUCUUGACUGCUUUAUAUAUUCAGAUGGUUCUGCCUGAAACCAAGGGAAAGACCAUAUCGAUGAUCACUAAAGAGUUUUACAGACUCAACUACCGUGGACAGGUGAAGAUGGAUAUAGAAGGAAAACACGCUCAGUACCAACUAGGGGAAAUCUUUCACUCCACUGCCUUAUAGAGUGUUAAAAAUUAUCACGAACUACAUUCAUAUUUUUAGAAAAAUAUCUUUAAAAUGAUGCUUUAACUGCAGCAAGUAUACAUCUGUGUACGUGUAUUACUUGCUGAUUAAAUAUUGUAUUCUUCAUCACA